AUGAAGGAAAAGUUAACUUUCUCUUAUUUUCUUUUCUUUUCUGUCCAAAUCCUCCACUCCCAAACGAGGGCCAAGCGAAGAAAGAAUGAGCGAAUGGGCUCAAGGCCAAGAAGCUACAUGGGGACGCCCAUCCUAAUGAGAAAAACUGCAAGGAGGAGGCCGAAUCCCCAUAGAAGAGCCUGCAAAAUCCAGCACAGCUCCUCAACAAGAAUCAGAGCAGGCGCGUGCGUUUCAGAGAAGUUGGAGGCUCUCAAGAACAUCAUUCCGGUCCACACUGAUCACGGGGAGAUCAAGCCUGAUCAAUUGUUUCAAGAAACUGCUGACUACAUUGUUCUUCUCCGCACCCAAAUCUCAGUUUUGCAAAAUCUGGUUGAUUUUUAUGGGUCCAGUGCUGGGCAGGCUCAACCACACCACACCAACUCGCUGCUGUAUAAUACGUAGUCAUAUUUCAUCGCCAACUGAAGCCAAAGUAAACAAGAAAAGAUUUGCUCUUUUUUCUCCACACCCCCUCCCCACCCCCACUAUUUUCUUGGCUGUUUAUGCACUUUCCCAGGCAAAUGCAGGAGUAAUCAUUCUACAACAAGAAGUAGCUAGCUAGCUAAUUGCAGGGUCACAAGGUCUUCUUUAGUUAUUUGCCAUAUAUGAUGAAAUUCAAUAAUUAUAUUAUAUCUUCUCAUGUAUAUGUAAUUUUUUGUUUAUUUUCUUUGCCUUGUUUUCUUCCCUCCCCUCACUUUUAAGUAUCAAGAAUACCACCUUGUUGGAA